GUGAUUUUCCCCCGAAGCGGAAAAAAAAAUCUGCGAGAUAGGGAUUGGCGGAUUGCAAGCUGCAGCCGUGCGGUCGCUCCCCUCCCCCGACUCCGGCGAGAAGAAGCGACGGUGGCAGCGGUCGAGACUCCACUCGUUCGCGGUGGCGGCUGCCCAUUCUUUUCCGUCUUCUCCUCCUCGAAAGACGGAGCGCAGCACGCUUGCUCUUCUGCUCCUUGACUAAGAAUGUUUUGCUUGAGGAACUAUUGCUCGCCUGCAUUUGCCUUAGUACGGGAAGGAGCUACUGUUGGAUAUCCUCGGGAAGGAGCUACUGUUAGACAUCCUCUAAAGUUCAAUUCUGUAGUGGUUUGCGGUGCCAGGGGUCCAAGACCGAGAUAUCCCCGUGUGUGGAAAACUCGAAAGAAAAUUGGGACUAUUUCCAAGUCACAGAAGCUUGUCGAAUGUAUUAAAGGUCUAUCUAAUGUAAAGGAGGAAGUUUACGGUGCACUGGACUCAUUUGUUGCAUGGGAACUGGAGUUUCCCUUAAUAGUAGUAAAGAAGGCACUGAAGACACUCGAGGAUGAAAAGGAAUGGAAACGAAUAAUUCAGGUUAUCAAAUGGAUGUUCAACAAAGGUCAAGGGAAGACAAUGGGAAGCUAUUACACCUUGUUGAAUGCUUUGAUCGAGGAUGGACGGAUUGAGGAAGCAGAAGAAUUAUUUGGAAUGAUAUUCUCACGAUAUAUGGAGGGUUUGCCUCGUACAUUUUUCAUGAGAAUGAUUUCUUUAUAUUACAGCGUGGGAGCACAUGAUAAGAUGUUUGAGGUUUUUGCUGAUAUGGAGGAACUAGGCGUUAGACCUGAUGGCUCAAUUGUCAGGAUGCUAGGUGAUGUAUUUCAGAAGUUAGAGAUGAUGGACAAAUAUGAAAAGUUAAAAAAGAAAUACCCACCACCAAAAUGGGAAUAUCGAUACAUCAAAGGCAAGCGGAUCAGGAUGAGGGUUUACCCUGAGAGUAAAAUCGAAGAGGCGACAAAAGGAGACCCUGGCACGGAUGAACUGGAAGAGCCAGAAAGUAUACACCUUGAUAAUGAAUUGGAAGAAGCAGCAAGCUUAGGCCUCGACAGGAAUGUAUUGGACGAUGCAGCUUCUGGAGACCUUGAGUAUAUAUAGAUCAGAACUUCCAUUUGGUUUCGGGCCUGCUUAAUCAAAGUGGCAAGAGCAAAAUGAACUGUUGCUCUGCAGCUUGAAGUUUUGAAGAUAGCCAUUUUGCUGCUGCUGACAUACUUGGGAAUGGCGAAGCAACUCUUGUGUUCAAUGGAUGUCCAGCAGUAGCGUCGCAUAUUCCACGGCUAGCUGUAUGUGACUGCUUCGCGAAGAACUUGUGGUUGAUUGUUAAAGAUAGUAUUCUGGACAUCAAACAAGACAUAUCUUUGCCAUAGUAGAUCGCGCAAGGGUUCUGUAUUUGUAUCUCUGUGUAUAAACAGUCAUAUGAGACCCAGGCCCAUAGCAACUAGGAUGAGCAUGCUUUGCGUCAGUGUGCCAUUUUAUGAAUGUAUUGGUUGUACUUGUC